AUGGAAAACGAGGACGGGUUAAAAUGUAGUGUGGGACAUUACGCAGGAAGUUCCUGCGGAUUAUACAAACCGUAUCCAAAAGAAACAGAUUUAAAAAUUUUGGGCGAUUGUCAAAGAGACAUAUCUUUACACCUACACGCCAUUAAGUUAAGUGGAGGCCACCAGACAGCAGUGACGGCAGCAGCCGACAGCGAGGGGUCCCUGAUUGCCCUGCGCAUUGGUUUAUUUCGAUGUGAUCCAUCCAUGACAGUAUGUCCAUUCCAUCGUUAUGGCCUUGGGAUACACUGGAAACCUCCUCGGAAGUGCACAUAUCCAUCACAUGAGGGAACUCAAAAACCCCAAAAAGCAGUAAAUGCAGAAAUGAGCAGAAAUAUUUUGAAAUGUUUAGGAGUGUUACUGGUGAUUGGUUCAGGAAUUUGCAAAGGCUGUCUGAAAAGUUACAGCAAAGAUAUCUCCAGUUUAGACAAUGAAAAGGAUUCUCUAUCACAUGUAAGCAUAGAAAGUACUGGUAUAUCAUUCUUUUCAUAA